AGAAGUAUGGUGUAAAACAAAAAAGAUUCUCUGCUGAUUCUAGAGCUUUUGGCUUCCAUUGUACUUACCCCCGACACAGUUCCUCAUCCUGAACCGACUUCGUCUUCUCUUCUAGCUUCCACCACCACCACCACCACCACCACCCUUCUCUUUCACCCAAUUCUCUCUUUCCUUCCCUUUUCCCGUUUCUCCUGAUCGCCGGCACUUUGCCCAGCACCUCCUCUUCAACCUCUUUCCCUUCGUUGGUGCGCCGCCAACCACCAAACCGCUGUUCUACGAUAUCUUUCUAGUAUUUUCUCCCUUGGACCCUUCUCCUAUUUCCCUGAUUGGGAUCGUUUUCAUUAGCUGCCGGUGAUUUCACCGUCCUGAGUUCCCGGUAUAAUCACCGACUCGGAUUCUGAUUGAUCGGCUUAAGUCUCUUCUUGUCUCUAUCUCUCUUUCCCUUUGAAGGGGUUUGCGUGCUUUGAAACCCUAAAUUUCAUUUGAAGGAGAUGUCUGAGAAAUUCUCGGCAACAUUGAGGAUAGGGGAUCUGAAUGAUUUCAUAGCACCUUCUCAGGCAUGCAUAGUUUCUCUCAAGGGGCUUAAAGCCACUACCACGAAGCCGGAUAAAGUUGAGGUUUCGGCUUCUAGGAUGCAAUUGAAAGCAGAGCCAGUUAAGAUUUCACUGAAGGAUUGCUUAGCAUGCAGACCUGCUUUUAUGUAUGACUGUAGUGGUUGUGUAACAUCAGCUGAGACUGUCAUGCUGGAGAAGCAAAGUUUGGAUGAAUUUCUAUCCAACAUAAACAAAGGAAAGGUUGUUAUUGUCUCAUUAUCACCACAAUCCAGAGCUUCACUUGCUGUCCAUUUUGGUAUCUCUCCCUUGAAGGUUUUCAAGAAACUAACGACAUUUUUUAAGUCCAUGGGAGUGAAAGCUAUAUUUGAUACAAGUUGCAGUAGAGAUUUAACCUUAAUUGAAGCUUGCAAUGAGUUCAUAGCAAGGUAUAGAAACAGCCAGCUAGACAAUGAAGAAAAAUGCAAUUCAUCAGUUCCUAUGAUAUCAUCAGCAUGCCCAGGUAGAGAUUACGAGCUUGACCUACUGCCGCUAGUCUAUCUUCCAGUUUUUGUUAAAUGCUUCAAAGUGAUGGAUUGCCUCAAGGAGUGAAAGGUUACACUGGCUACGUUCCUACUUCAGAAGGAAGCAGAAGGCCGAUGGAAGGCAAUAAUAGAGUUUUGAUGAAGUGAUGUCAAUACCUUAGAUUGGAAGACAUUCAGGAGAAUAUUCAAGGAUAAGUACUAACCUAGUACUUACUGUGAAGCAAAGAGAUGAUUUUAUGAGAUUAGUGCAAGGUUCACUGUGAGUAGCAAAAUAUGAGAAGAAGUAUAAUGAGAUGUUCCAGGUAUGCCAAUACUAUAGUAUACUAAAAAAGGUUCUGAAAACAUAUUCGUAAGCUAGUGACUGCGAUAUCGAAGUGGAUUGAUUGUUCACACUUAGUUGAGACGGUUAUGAGAGUCGAGCAGAGCCUAGCUGAGGAGAAGCAAGAGGUAGAACCUAGUCAAGUUGUUUCUUCUGCUAGCAGAUUUUUGGGACAAGUUCAGACUCAAAGACGUUUUACUCUUAGAGUGUCGGGAAGGGAUUUUAAAUCCCAAUCCAAUAGACAGCCAUUUUGAAGGGAUAGUGCAUGAAGUGCCUAUCUGAGACAGAGAUAGAGAGCCUCUAGUCAGGCAGCCAGGAUGACAACAGCAUCCAAAUCAGGACAUGAUUCUAUAGCCAGCAGUAGAAGCGAGUGUUUGCUAUCACUAUGGACAGUUGGGUCACUACAAGAGAGAUUACCCUCACAGUUGACAUUAGGACUACAAGUAGAGCAAUUUUUCGAGUCAUAAACAGUUAAUCAGGCAAGAGUUGCAGCGAUUGGAAGUCAAGGAUGUAGUGAUACAGACAAUUUAUAGAUGGAUAUUAAAGUAAUGAUUAUGCAUUUUAGUUUAUGUAUAGUGUGAGGGUUGAGUUGACAAUUAUGUAUAUGUCUUUCACUUAUGUUGUUUAGGGUUGUGUUUAUCUUAUUUUGAUUAUUGAA